CUCUUGUAUGGAGAGAGAGGAGCUCUGAGGUGGACGGACAGGAGGCACAGACCGGCUCGUAUUCCGCAUCACAGGGAAGGAAGUUAAGUUAUAAAUCUGCAGCUCUGGAGCUUCACCUCUGCGCAAAGACGCAUUUUUGGUGUUGGACUUUGAAAAUAGUGGAUGUUUUGAAUAGUUUAUUUAAUCAGAGAGCAAUUCUUUAUAGCUGGUAAGGCAAGUUUCCUGUACACUUUGUUACCGGACAAAGGACAACAACACCGAUCAAGGUGCUUUUUCCCCCCAUAAAUUACGCACGUAUCGGAUGUUUAAGUCGUGCAUUUUGGGCAUUUAAUCGGCUCAUUUUUAAUUGGAAGAGGUGCUUUUGUUUCUGCAUAUACACAGUGUGUAUAGUCACAGUAAGCCUGUAGCAGCAGCAGCAGCUUGCUAGUGCAGCAGGGCAUUUGUCAGUGUGCUCAGCUAACAGCACACUUCUCCCCUUCGCUUGACCAAUCCGGUUAAAUUUAGUUUCCUCGGGAAAAUGAUGCGGAUGCCUAAAGGCGUCUCUCCGGCAGCGGCUCGGCCGGUAGUCGGGCUGCCGUGUUCUCAGCAGAAGAUGAAGCUUUUGGCCACCGGGGGAGUGAAAACCGACUUCUUCAGCACCGGACUGUCCAGCCCGCCGAUGAACACGGUACCGGCUGGUUAUUUCACCCAGAUCUGUAACACCGCCGUGGCCGAACAAAGAGCCAACAGCCUGUAUUCAACCCCCCACGGACCAGAGGCUAAACCCAUCAGAUCAUCCUCCGGGAGACUACCGGCUAAAAGGAAACUGGACCUAGAGGAUCCUCUUUAUCUGCCAGACUUCCGCACACCAAAAGGCAAAGGCAGUAUCGCAGCAAGAAUACCAAGCCCAAGGACUCCAAAGUCUCCAGGUGAGCGGACUCGUUACGACACCUCACUGGGCUUGUUGACCAAGAAGUUUGUGGGUCUGAUUGCUGAGUCUCCUGAUGGAGUUCUUGAUCUGAACUGGGCCACUGAAGUCCUGGAGGUCCAGAAGAGACGCAUCUAUGACAUCACGAAUGUUCUAGAGGGAGUCCAGCUCAUCAGGAAGAAGUCCAAGAACAACAUCCAGUGGCUGGUUGGGGAUGUAUUUGAAGGUGGUGCAGGUGGAGGAGAGAAGGCCUGUGCACUGAGGAAGGAGCUGGGAGACCUGGAGAGAGCAGAGAGAUCUCUGGAUGAACUGAUUCAGUCCAGCACCACACAGCUCAAACAGCUCACUGAAUAUAAAGACAGCCAGAGGUUGGGCUACGUGACGUACCAGGACAUCCGUUCCAUCGCCAGUCUCCGAGACCAAACGGUCAUCGCUGUCAAAGCCCCUGCUGAGACGAAGCUGGAGGUGCCAGACACAGCAGGGCAGGGGUCAUUACAGAUCUAUUUGAAAAGUAGAAAUGGCCCCAUAGAAGUCUACCUGUGUCCAGAGGAGGGUCUUGAAGAUGCCAGUCCUGUUAAGAGUGUUGUCACCCCUAAAAAGGAAUUCCCUCCAACCCUGGUCCCACCAGCUGCAACACCAGUGGCACCACCAAGUUACAGCGUCAAAGAGGAGCCUGCUGAAUCUAAUAUAGCUCCAGCAGCUCCAGCCACCUCGUCAUCCACAGCCUCCAGCUCCUCUCUGCUUGAUGUAGAGGGUCUCCUGGGUUUGCCUCCCAGCCUGCUGCAGAUCACUGAGGACCAGCUUCCCGGCACCUCCUUCACCUCGGACAGCAACACCCCCUUCGUCAGUUUCUCUCCGCCUUUGGACCACGACGAUUACCUCUGGAGCCUGGAGGAUGGCGAGGGAGUGUCGGAUUUCUUCGACACCUACGACCUCGGAGAUUUGUUGAAGAGCUGAGGUGAAGGUGAAGGAGAGGGGGGGAGAAACAGUAGAGUAGGAAUAUUUAAAUUCAAUGCCUUCUCGAGGCAAGAGAUAUUACACUAUGAAGCCAUCACUAGCAACGCCUGUUGUAAUGAUUCCAACGGAGGAAUCGCCCCAUUUGUUUAAUUUAAUAAUGUAAGAUUCAUUUGUACAGACAUCAUCUGACUUUUAGGAAGGGAGCAGGGUUUUAAAAGCAGGGAUUUUUGGACUUUCUGCCACAUUUCUUAGAUUGAGCUACUACAAUGAAAAGCUCAUAAAAAGCAGGAAUUACUGUACAUAUCAUAUCACCAGCAACAGAACUGAUGUAUUUGGGUAUCAGUGUUCAGUGGGACAACUCAGGACCAUUUUUUUUCUUCCUCGUUUCCAAAGUCUAAAUGUUUGUGCCAGUCUUCGGCCCAUAGGGGGCAGCCUUGUAUUAUGUCAGCUUUAACUGCCAUGCAGCUUUGCAGGAUUCAAUCACUGGAUAAGAGUAAGCUAAAGCCAUGAAGAAACACACAAAGGGUGUGUUUGUAGAAGUACUUUCACCACUGACCAAAUGAAGCUGUGAAGGAACUUGUUCAUUACCAGUGUUUGGAGAUUCACAAGCAUCUGGGGGUGUAAUAGUAGACAUAAAACUGAUUUGGUGCUUCUGUCUCUUGAGGUUCGCUCUCCUGCCUUAAGUUUUGUGUCUGUUUGGUGCUGCACUGUGUGCCAAAAUGUGCAGGUUGUGACCCUGAGCCGGAGUUAAUGACAGAUAAUGGCUACUUUGUGAACACGUACAAUCUUUUACUGAGAGAGGAGAUCACUCUCUCUUGUUGGUUUGGCAGCUUUGUUUCAAAUCCAGUUGCUCCUCUUGUUUAUCCGAGAUAGAUAGUUGAUUUUAGCCGACAAUUUUCAAUUUAGUAGUGUAAAACUACUAUUGUAUUUCUUAGGAAAUAACCCAAAAUAAAUGAGAUGCAGCAUCUGGGCUGCAGGCGUGGAAGGGGGGUUAAUUGAUGUAAGUGAGGUGUAAUCAGAGGAGCAAUUUCUUCUUCCUCUUGUUUUAAAAUGAAUUAAAUCUGUUGAUCUUGCAGAUGCAGUAACAAUGCGGAAUUUAUCUUUGCCGUUCAAGUUUUAGGCCCAUGAAUUCUUUCCCCAGUGUUGUGUUGCAACACUUUCAAAUGUCAAAGACAUUCGGGCGAGGGUCAUAGCAGCUCUGACUUUUAUCUGUUAGGUUUUUUGAAGCGUUCUAGAAAUUUGAAACAUUGAAUUUCAUGCUGAUGUAUUUUUUUUGGCUUUCCCUCUACACUGCAGAGAUAAGCUAACUGUCCUGUCCUAACAAAACUUGAAAACGUGUGUCUGUGUGUGUAUUUGACAGCUUGGGAAAUGGGUGUCACGGUGCGUUGGUGUGUGUGUUUUUAUAAUGUAGAUCAGAGAAUUUGUAGUUUUUUUUCAAUGAGCAUUAUUUUUUUGGUAUUUGUACAUAAUUUGUUUUGUAUUUAUACCUAUUUUUUCUGAAUUUUUCGACAGUUGUUUGUAUGACAUGCAGCACUUAAUAUUUUGUAAUAUUGUGUGGUCUGUUUGAAGUUAUUGAAUAAAUAUUGAAGCCAUGAUUUACACUCGGA